AUGGACUUGGUAACCACUGAUUGCUCAUAUCCUGGGAUUCUGGUAAUAGCUAUCAAUCGCCCCGAAAGAAAGAAUGCCGUCGACCCCCCAACAGCCAAAGCACUCUAUGAAGCCAUCCGCGCCUUUGAAGAUGAUCCAACCCAGAAAGUGUGUGUCUUGACUGGUGCUGGUAAUACAUUCUGCGCAGGAGCCGAUCUUCAUAGUGUUGCCCAGAACACACCGGGCGAAAAUCUACAGCCUGUGGAUGGUCGUAACUUAGGACCUAUGGGUCCUUCCAGGCUGGUUGUGCAGAAGCCUGUGAUAUGCGCUGUUUCUGGAUACGCCGUUGCAGGAGGACUCGAAUUGAGUCUGCUGGCAGAUUUGCGGGUUGUCGAAGAAGAUGCGGUGUUCGGUGUCUUCUGUCGGCGCUGGGGUGUGCCUCUGAUCGACGGAGGCACUGUCCGUCUGCAAGCCAUUGUCGGUCUUGGUCGUGCGUUGGAUAUGAUCCUGACUGGUCGGCCUGUCGGUGCGCAGGAAGCACUUGCAAUGGGACUGGCCAGUCGCGUGGUUCCAAACGGGCAUGCAGUGAAGGUAGCUAUUGAGAUAGCACGGCAGCUCAUUGCAUUCCCAGAACUUUGCCUCAAUACAGACCGGCGAUCAUGCUAUUACAGUGCUUUCGAUGCUUCCUCUUUCCAGGAUGCCAUGUCCCAGGAGUUCAGGUCUGGGAGGAAGGUGAUUACAGCGGAGGCCAUUGCAGGUGCGGCCAAGUUCAGCAAAGGCUCAGGGCGACAUGGCAGUUUCAAAGAUUUCAGCAAGCUGUAA